UGUCCUCCCCUGUGUGGGAACAUUUUGAUCUUAUUCCUCCCAACAAGGUGAAGUGUUUGCUAUGUGCCAGGGAGCUGGGAUAUAACAACAACACCUCAUCCAUGCUCAGGCACUACAGAGCUUUGCAUGAGAAUAAGGGGAACACCGACUGUGGAGCAAGACCAGGAGAACAAUCUCAAAUAGAUGAAGACCUGGUUAGCAUGGUGAUUGAGGACUCCCAGCCAUUUAGCAUUGUGGAGGACAAAGGAUUUAAAAGAUCUGUUCAAUCAUUGAAUCCUAGCUAUGUUCUCCCCACUAAAAAGGCCCUGAAAGUCAUGGUGGAGGCCAGGUACCAGGAGAUGAAGGAGAAAGCUAAGGCCAGCAUUGCGAAGGCAGCAGCUGUGAGUCUGACAUCAGAUAUGUGGAUCUCCAUCAACACAGAGGCCUAUCUUGCAGUCACCUGCCAUUUUGUUGAUGAGUCCAGCACAUUAAACACAGUUGUUUUAGGAGUGCAAUAUUUUCCUAAUGCACACACUGCAGAAAAUAUUGCACAAGUGAAAGGUUCACUCAUGACAGAAUGGGCAAUUACUGACAAAGUCACAUGCCUAGUAACAGUUGGGGCUGCCAAUAUGGGGGCUUGUGCAAGGGAGCUACGACUCAAACAUGCCAUGUGCAUAGCUCACACCCUGAACUUAGUGGUGAAGAAGGCCCUUGACCAGACCCCUGAGCUCUCUGACAUCCGAGCCAAGUCCAGGAAGAUCGUGGGAUAUUUCGGGAGCAGUACCACCGCAAAGGAGAGGCUUUCAGUGGUGCAGGAACAACUAAGGAAGCCUCAACUCAAACUAAUACAGGAGGUGGAAACCCGCUGGAACAGCACUUAUAAUAUGCUGCAAAGACUGUUCGAGCAAAGGGAGCCGGUGGGUGCUGCUUUGGCAAGUCUCACAACAGACAUCCCACCUGUUUCAUCUGAGGAAUUUGGUAUAAUUUCAGAGUGUCUGCUUGUCCUAGCACCAUUUAACGAUGCAACCACUGAGCUCUCUCAGGAAAAAAGGGUGUCUGGGUCAAAAGUCAUACCUUUGCUCACUAUGCUGGAUCAUUGCCUCAAUGAACAAAUGGAAAAAUCACCAUCCAUUGGGUCUUCUCUGGGUCAGAAGCUGAGGAUGCUAUUGAGAGAGAAGCUGGAUAAAAUACAAACCAUGAGCAUUAUGUUCCUUGCGACACUGCUGGACCCAAGGUUCAGAAAACUCGGGUUUCUCAGCCCUGCAAGAGCUAACGAAGCAGAAGAAUAGAAUAGAAUAGAAUAGAA